GCGGAGGAGGUCCAGCAGCAGAUUAUCCGAGAGACUUUCCACCUGGUGCUGAAGCGGGACGACCACAUCUGCAACUUCCUGGAGUGCGGCAGCCUGUUUGGCGGCUCGGACUACAAGCUGAUCUACCGCCACUACGCCACGCUGUACUUCGUCUUCUGCGUGGACUCCUCGGAGAGCGAGCUGGGCAUCCUGGACCUCAUCCAGGUGUUUGUGGAGACGCUGGACAAGUGCUUUGAGAACGUCUGUGAGCUGGACCUCAUUUUCCACAUGGACAAGGUUCACCACAUCUUGCAGGAGGUGGUGAUAGGCGGCAUGGUGCUGGAGACCAACAUGAGUGAGAUCGUGGCGCAGGUGGAGGCCCAGAGCAAGAUGGAGAAGGCGGAGGUGAGUG